AUGAUUCCACAACCUAUAAUUUUACCACAACAAAUGCCAAUGUUAAAUUUUCAACAAGGUGUUCCAAUGCAACUUGGUUUACCUAUUCAUAAUUCAAUUCCAUUACCAAUGUCAUUACAAUCAUCAAUUUUAUCAAAUAAUAUUGUUGCUAGAGGAAGACCUGAAAUUGGUGGAACAAUUGAAAGUAUUGCAGCAACUCAAAAUAUGGUAAAUACUCCUGAUUUUGCUAGAGUUAGUUUAUUAAACUUUUUAAAUGAUAAAGAUAACUUUCAUGCUCAAGGAUGUGGUUAUGAUGGAAUCAGAGAGUAUUGUCAUGAUGCAUUAAACUUAUGUAAAGGUGGAUGCCGUGACUUUGGAAAUUCUGCUGGUAUUCAUGAUUGUAGAUGUGUACCUCUAGGCUAUGCUAAUAUUAUAGCAAGCUUAGGAUAA